AUGGAUGCAGCUGUAGGCAUAAUUUUGUCCCCGGCUUUGCAAGUUCUCUUUGACAGACUGGCAUCUCCAGUCCUACAAGGGCUUGCUGAUAGAUUGGGUUUCAAUUACAACAUAUUCCAGAGCCUGCAACAUGCGUUGGUGCGGGCUCAAGCUACUCUUGCAGAUGCAGAAGUGCAACAAUUCACCAACAAAACUAUCAGGCUUUGGUUAUCAGACCUCAAGAAUGCAGUUUGUGACGCUGAGGAUCUUCUUGACGUCUUUACUGCUAAACAAACCUGCAUGAUUGAUGAAGACUUUGGUGAGCAGACAUUAGACAGCUAUGCAGUUCUUACUGACAAAGUCAGAAAGAUACUCAAGAAGUUAGAAAUGAUUGUGGGUGAGGGAUCUUCUAAGUUGAAAAUUAGAGAUACCCAGCCAAUAUCAGAUCAACGAUCAGAUCAAAGGGAGACGAGCUCUUUCGUCGACUCAAGGAUUCAUGGACGAGAGGAUGACAAAGAGAAGUUAGUCAAGCUAUUACUGUCUUCUCAAACUAAUUACCAGGAGGGUUAUUCAUAUGCGACAUGCAUUCCAAUCAUCGGCAUCGGAGGAAUUGGUAAGACCACUCUUGCUCAAAUGUCAUAUAAUGAUGAGAGAGUUAUUCAACACUUUGAUGUUAGGAUGUGGAUUUUUGUCUCUUCUAAUUUCAAUAUCAAAAAGAUCAUGAAGACAAUUAUUUCAUCCUUAACAAGUGGUAUAUGCAAGUUGUCGGAGAUUGAGCUACUUCAGUCUCAGAUUUCGCAAUUGCUGCAGAAGAAAAGAUAUUUGAUUGUGUUAGAUGACAUUUGGACGGAAGACCAGGAUGAUUGGGACAAACUUAAACCUUUGUUUAGAGGGGGUGUUGAUGGAUGCAAAAUCAUUGUCACUACCCGCAGUAAAAAGGUUCCAUAUAUGAUGGACUUUCCAAAUUCCUCAAUUUGUUUGAAUGGUCUGACAGAUGAUGAUUGCUGGGAAUUGUUCAAGCAACGGGCUUUUGCACGAGGAGAAGAAGAAAAGCAUCCAAACCUUUCGCUGAUUGGAAAACAGAUUGUCUGA